CUCGAAUAGAUUGUUGACUCUUGGCUCAACCUUCCUCUCCCUCUCUCUCUCUCUAUUUGUACCUUUCUCUUUCUCCUUAUUCGUUCAUCUUCAUCUUCGUUUCCCUUUUGGUAUUGGUGAGAUCUACAAACCAAAACCCUAGAAAAGAGAAGAACCAGAGGAGAAUCAAUUAGAGGAUAAAAUUGAUGGGAAGAGGGAAGAUUGUGAUCCAAAGGAUCGAUGAUUCAACAAGUAGACAAGUCACUUUCUCCAAACGAAGAAAGGGUCUUAUCAAGAAAGCCAAAGAGCUAGCUAUUCUCUGUGACGCCGAGGUCGGUCUCAUCAUCUUCUCUAGCACUGGAAAGCUCUAUGACUUUGCAAGCUCCAGCAUGAAGUCAGUUAUUGAUAGAUACAACAAGAGCAAGAUCGAGCAACAACAAUUAUUGAACCCAGCAUCAGAAGUCAAGUUUUGGCAGCGCGAAGCUGCGGUUCUAAGGCAAGAAUUGCAUGCUUUGCAAGAAAAUCAUCGGCAAAUGAUGGGAGAACAACUAAAUGGUCUAAGCGUUAACGAGUUAAACAGUCUCGAGAAUCAACUUGAGAUAAGUUUGCGUGGAAUUCGUAUGAAAAAGGAACUAAUGUUGACUCAAGAAAUCCAAGAACUAAGCCAAAAGAGGAAUCUCAUUCAUCAGGAAAACCUCGAUUUAUCUAGGAAGGUACAACGGAUUCAUCAAGAAAAUGUGGAGCUAUACAAGAAGGCUUACACGGCAAGCACAAACGGGUUUAUACACCGUGAACUGGGAGCUGUUACGGAUGAUGAAUCACACACUCAGGUUCGGCUGCAACUAAGCCAACCCGAGCAUUCCGAUUACGAGACCCCACCAAGAGCAAACGAAUAACAUCAAUUAAGAUUGAAGAUACUAUGAUGUUGAAGAACAAUCCAAAGGCUUGGUAAAACUAAGCCAUAUAUGAUGAUAAACAGCAUGAUGGUUCUUCUAAUUAACACCAAUCAUAUUUUUCUCUUUCUUUCUUUGUGCAUUUCGAUUUGAAAUAUAUAUAUAAUUAAAAGCAUAUAAUUAAAAAUCCGGUGUUUGUAAUACUCAUCUUGAGUAUUAUAUUGUCUUCGUUUAGAAUCAUAGAAUCAUUAAUUAAAAAACAUAAACAGUAGUAGUUGUAUAUAUGUUUAUGUUUUUACGAGAGUUUAGUUCCUAACUAAAGUGUCUCAUAAACUUGCUAUUUUAAACCGGUUUGGAAACUAACAUUAGGGAUAACAAAAUCGGUUAUCGUUGACUGCGUUAACCAGAAACCAUAAAGGUUCAGUCUUUAAAUAAGGGAAACACACGUAUCAUUCAUCGUCACCAAAUCAUCACGAUUCACAAAGGUUGGUGGUGUAGUGCUGCUGAGACAGUGACCUGAGAGAUAACGACAAAGAAACAACAAAAUAAAAAUAAGAAAAAAAUUCCUUUUUUUCCGUAAAAAAGAGGGAAAAAAUUCGAAAAAAAUCGACUGCAACCACCAAAAGCUCAGCCAAAAGCAGAGGCCACAAAUCUCUCUUCAUCUAUCCUUGAGGAUAAACCCAAUUUUUUUGGGGGUUUUUUUUUUCUUUCAUUCGUCUAUGACUCAAAUCUGUUUCUAGGGUUCCAAA